AUGCAGAGGUGCCUGUUUUCCGCUGUGCCACGGAGCUCGUGGGCGCCGGCCGUUGGCCCGCGCAUAUUGGCGAAGAGGGCCAUCUCCGAUAUCGCAAUCACGAGAACCGGGAAGCCGAUCAUUCGCCAGCCGUCCGGCGGGAGGUCUUCGAUUGGAGGCCACACCAUCACCGUGUUCGGAGCGUCUGGAUUCCUCGGGAGAUAUAUUGUCAACAGACUCGCUAAUGCCGGGUGCACGGUUGUGAUCCCGUACCGCGAGGAGAUGACCAAGCGCCAUCUGAAGGUCACGGGGGAUUUGGGAAAGGUUGUGUUUAUCGAGUUUGAUCUGAGGAACACCCCGUCGAUCGAGGAGAGCGUGAGGCAUUCGGAUAUUGUCUUUAAUUUGAUCGGGCGUGACUACACCACCAAGAACUUCACAUACGAAGAUGUCCACGUCGAAGGAACCCAGCGCAUCGCCGAAGCAGUCGCAAAAUACGACGUCGACCGCUUCAUCCAAGUCUCCUCCUACAACGCCGACCCCAACUCGCCCUCCAAGUUCUACGCCACCAAGGGCCGCGCCGAAGAAGACGCGCGCCUCAUCUUCCCCGAAACGACCAUCGUGCGCCCCUCGCCCAUGUUCGGCUUCGAAGACCGCCUCCUCCUCAAGCUCGCCAGCGUGACCAACCUCUUCACCACCAACAGCAUGGCGCAGCGCUUCCGCCCCGUGCACGUGAUGGACGUCGGCAAGGCCCUGCAGGCCAUCGCGUACGACGACAGCACCGCCGGCCAGACGUUCGAGCUCUUCGGCCCGCAGGAGUACUCCAUGGCCGAGCUGGCGCACAUCGUCGACCGCGACAUCAUCCACAAGAGGCGCCACAUCAACCUGCCGAAACCCGUGCUGAAGGCAGUGGCGAGGGCGCUGGACUAUGUGUGGUGGCCGACGAUCUCGCCGGAUGAGGUUGAGCGCGAGUUUAUUGACCAGAAGAUCGACCCGAGUGCGAGGACGUUUGAGGAUUUGGGCAUUGUGCCGGAGGAUGUGGACGAUAUUGCGUAUCGGUACACUAGGCACUUCCGUCCGGCGUCGUACUAUGAUCUGCCGCCGAUGACGGAGAAGGAGAAGAGGGAGGAGAGGAAGUAUCUGCACGUGGAGCACGACCUUGUCUAG